AGAGAGAGAGAGAGAGAGAGAGAGAGAGAGAGAGAGAGAGAGGGACGCUUGUAUAUGCACUAGGACUGCCGGCUGAUCUGAGAGUCAUCGACGUUUCGAAGGCAAUGGAAGAAGAAGUGGGUGGUGUGACGAAAACAGUGGCAGUGACGGCAUGUACCGCCAUGACUUUGUUCUACGUUGCAAUUCUCUACGCUCCCACUUUGAUUCUUCGUCUCCCACCACCCACCUCCUUCAAAAGCUUCAUGGUCCGACGGUUCAUAUGUGCUGGCAUAUCCUCCAUUGUCUCUCUCAUCGUUUGCGCUCUCAUCCUCCCCGUGAGGUGGGAGGCAUCUUACUUAUUUGGUGUUUAUGGCAUCCAACUGCACCAUAUUUGGCAAGCUGUGAUCUUUCCACUUUCCUUGACGUCCCUAAUGUAUGCUGGGUCCAUGGUCCUACAGUCUUUGUUACUGCUAGAUUUGUGGAAGGAACAUUGGAGUCAGGGUGGAAACAUGUCACUGGACUGUAGAAGUGUUCCCCACACAUUCAUCAGCUGGGUGGUUUCAAUAGCUACCAGUGUCUCAGCUUGGCGUAAUUAUUUUGUGGCACCACUUACAGAAGAGUUGGUUUUUAGAGCUUGUAUGAUACCGUUGCUUCUUUGUGGAGGGUUUAAUACAUAUGCUGUUGUAUUUCUUUGUCCCAUUUUCUUCAGCAUAGCUCAUUUAAACCAUUUACUGGAGUUCUAUACCCAGCAAAAUCGCAACCUGCUCAAUGCUUUAAUGGUUGUAGGUUUCCAGCUUGGUUACACCGUCAUCUUUGGAUCGUAUGCGUCGUUUCUCUUCAUCCGAACAGGGCAUCUUAUUGCUCCAGUAAUUGCUCAUAUCUUUUGCAAUUUUAUGGGCUUGCCAGUGAUGCUAUCACGAAGGACAGGAAUGGUCGGUGUGGCAUUUAUAGCAGGGAUGGUCGGUUUCUUGUGGCUUCUUUUUCCACUCACGAGUCCAGAUUUGUAUAAUGGUAGAACAGAGAAUUGCAAGUGUUGGCAUAGAUAUUGUACCUGGAGCUAAACCUCUAAAUUUGGUUUGGACAAGAAUUCACUGGCAUUAGCAGAAAAUGAGAAGCUGCUGUAACCCGCUUCUUUGUAGUUGCUUGAACUGAUGACUCUGAAUCUGAAUUCUUGAAGCAAGGCACCUGACGUCAAGAAGCGAUAACAGUACUGCAACCAGUUGGUCUGCUGAGGUUUCUAUCCUGCUUUUGAGGAUCCACUGCUCAAAUGUGUCCUGACAUUGUAAAACAAUGACACUUAUCUUUGAAACUACAAUGGUAUGAUUCCAGAUUUGGGUCAUGUGAAUUAUUUGAUCUUUUUUCAUUUUAGCUGUGCAGGGCAUUGGUAACCUCAAG